AUGGCAGAUCCGCUAGCGUGCCUUCGUAAUAGCACCAUUGGCAUAGCAAUAUGGAACACUAUCUAUGCUAUUAUCCAAAUGGGAGUAAUGGGCUGGCAGGUGAAGGAGGUACGAGAUCGACAGUGGGAGUACGAAGGUCGCCAACUGCCCGCAACCGGAGGAAUUGAUGCUUUCCAAGCACGUUUCCCUGGUCUUUAUGCGAUCUACACGGAAACACCUGAGCGACGAAGAAUAAAUGCCAUGUUCGUCAUUGUCAUAAUAAACGUUCUUCUGGCAUUUGUACACUUCUUCAUGUCGUUUGCCUUACUCUAUGGAGCAGUGAAGUACAAUAAAAACUUCGUAUGGCCAUGGAUCUUCUCAGCAGGAGCGAUCAUUAUUAUGGCUACCGCCUAUGCAGUAUUGUGGUGGAGUGGGGAUGUCUUCAACGAGCAACUCACCAUGUCUGUUGCAGAAUUCGUGAUGUCACUUGCAGUUAACGGCAUAUGCCUCAUAAUCGUGAUCUUCUUUUAUUGGAGACUGGCAGGAAAGCUAACAUCUGAUAAACCAGCUCGUCCACGAAGUCGCCCACACAGUCGAGCGGUGGGAAAUUUCAACCAACCGUACACGCCACAACGGAGCGGAGAACAACCUUCUGGCACGAAACCGAAGAGUGGUCGUCACUCUCGAGGACCACACAAGUGCAAAUCAGCGCCCUCCAAUCUACCACCUUGGCGAAAGGAAUGGCCAGCCAUCCCGGAUCCUCCGCUUCAACGAAAGCUACGGAGAAGGGAUAGGAGGAGUCGAAGCGACCCGAGAAUUACUUCAAUCCGCAGGCCUGGCGACGAAUGCAGCCUCGACUUUUUCGCUCCCGAGCCGUAUGAUCCCGAAUUUCCAUGGAAAACUACAAAAAUGGAAAAAGAACAGAGACAAAGAGAAGCAAGACCGCACACAGCAGCUAAAGCAAUUGAAAGAUUGUACUAUAACAAAUAUCCAGACGAUCUACCUGGUAUACCGCGGGGAAUGCGAAAUUCCUUGAGGAAGGAUCGCAAGCAAAGCCCGGACAGAGUGACCUUCAGCAGAGCAGAACCUCAAAUCAACUACCGGACACCGCAAGAUUCGGUUGUAUAA